CAAUUAAUUACUUGUCAUACAAGCAUUAUCAACUUGUGUGGAUUUGUAACAAACAGCUGUGCGCCGUGAUUGCCAUUCACUGUGGUUAUAUACAUGAUUGGCAGUGCUUCCUCUUCUCACGGUUUUUAUAAGGACUAAUUGUUCGCAUAUUUUUAAAUUGAGCAAGUUUUUAUCAAACGUUUCCGGUAAACGGGUGUAUAGCGGAAGUUGUUUAUAUCUGUCAGUGGCAGUAGCAGAAGGAUUGGUAAAAUUACCAACUAUAGCAUAUAGUUAAGGAUGCCCUCAAGUGAUCCACUUGCGCCCAAGGAGGGUGCUCUAUUCCGCAAAAUUUUGAAAUGCUAUGAAAUGAAGCAAUACAAAAAUGGCUUGAAGCUGGCCAAGCAAAUACUUGCAAAUCCCAAGUACACGGAACAUGGAGAAACACUCGCUAUGAAAGGUCUAACGCUUAAUGGUUUGGGUCGACGUGAAGAGGCCUAUAAGUAUGUGCGCUUAGGGCUCCGAAACGAUCUGCGCUCCCAUGUCUGCUGGCAUGUGUAUGGACUACUACAGCGCAGCGACAAAAAGUACGAUGAGGCUAUCAAGUGCUAUCGCAAUGCCCUCAAAUGGGAGAAGGACAAUCUGCAAAUAUUAAAGGAUUUGUCGUUGCUGCAAAUACAAAUGCGUGAUUUGGAAGGGUAUAAGGAGACCCGCCAUCACCUUUUCACGUUGCGCCCAUCGCAGCACGCCUCUUGGAUUGGAUUUGCAAUGAGCUAUCAUCUCUUAGGAGACUAUGAAAUGGCUAACAACAUACUAGAGACGUUUAGUCAGUCGCAGACUUCAAUUGAGGCACACGACUAUCGUCAUUCGGAAUUGUUGCUCUACCAGAGUCAGAUACUUAUUGAAUCUUCGCAUCUACAACAGGCGCUUGAGCAUCUGAAGAAGUAUGAAUCGCAAAUUGUUGAUAAAUUGGCCGUACGCGAAACAAUGGGAGAUUUGUACAUAAAGCUACAGCAGCCAGAAAAGGCGGUGCCUAUAUUCGAUGCACUCAUCCGUCGUAACCCAGAGAAUGUUCUAUACUACGAGCAAUAUCUGAUCGCGCGUCAAGUGAGUGAGGCCAGCGAAAAGGUCGCUUUAUUCCGGGAGUUCCAGGCUAAAUACCCGCGUGCCCUAUGUCCGCGUCGACUGCCACUAAACAUUGCCACUGGUGACGCUUUUCGUGAAGUGACUGAUGAGUACCUACGCCGUGGCUUGCGAAAGGGAAUUCCUCCGCUUUUUGUAAAUGUACGCGCUCUGCAUCAGCAGGUGGACAAAGCAAAGACUAUCGAAGCUCUUGCGCUGCAGUAUUUUGAGAAUCUGACGCGCUCCGGCCAUUUUUCACGCGAGGAUGCUGAUGCCGGUGCACCUGUCGAGCCGGCCUCGGCGCUGGUGUGGACGGCAUUAUUUUUGGCCCAACAUUAUGACUACAUGCGUGACACAGAUCGUGCUCUUGAAUGUAUCAAUGUGGCAAUCGAUCACACACCUACACUUAUUGAACUGCUCAUAACUAAGGGCCGCAUUUUUAAGCAUGCUGGCGAUGCUGUGGAGGCCUACAUUUGGCUUGAUGAGGCUCAAAGCAUGGACACAGCAGACCGCUACAUCAACUCAAAGUGUGCCAAGUAUAUGCUGCGUGCCAAUAUGAUCCAAGAAGCCGAGGAAAUCUGCGCAAAGUUUACUAGAGAGGGCGUCUCCGCUAUGGAUAAUUUAAAUGAGAUGCAGUGUAUGUGGUUCCAGACGGAAUGCGCCCUGGCCUAUCAACGUAUGGGGCGCUGGGGCGAGGCCUUAAAGAAAUGUCACGAAGUGGACCGUCACUUUGCCGAAAUCAUUGAAGACCAGUUUGAUUUCCAUACCUAUUGCAUGCGAAAGAUGACGCUGCGCGCAUAUGUUGGACUGCUACGCCUAGAAGACGUACUAAGACGCCACCCAUUUUACUUUAAGGCAGCCAAGUGUGCCAUCGAGGUAUACAUACGUUUGUAUGAUAAGCCGCUAAAAUCGGAAGCAACCAUUGAGGAGAUUGACAUAGAAAACCUUCCACCUUCAGAGCUAAAGAAACUGCGCAGCAAACAGCGCAAAGCAAAAAAGAAAGCUGAAUUGGAAAGCGCUCAAGCUGCACAGGCACAAGUAAAACGUGAACAGCAUCAGAAAUCCAAGCAACAGGCCACUCAGGAAACCGAUCCUGAUGCUCCGCAAUUGGACGAGCUCGUACCAGAGAAACUUGAACGCACGGAUGAGCCGCUGGAGAAAGCCAUUGAGUUUUUAAAGCCGUUGCAGCAACUAGCCAAAGAUCGCAUCGAAACGCAUUUACUAGCCUUUGAGGUUUAUUAUCGCAAAAAUAAGCCUCUCCUUAUGCUGCAGUCCAUCCGCAGAGCGCGCGCCAUAAAUUCGGCGCAUCCGGAGUUGCAUAGUUGUAUAGUGCGCUUUAUGAAAGCAUUGAAGGCAGAUAGCGACCAACGCAGGUGUAAUGCUCAUGUGCAGCAGGUGCUGGAUAAAGCGAAUCAGGAACUGAUAGGGACUAAAACGCCACAGCAAUUAAACGACGAAUUCAUUGCCAAGAACAAUGCUUCUAUAUUGCAUUUAUAUGAGGGAGCACGUGGACUCUACGAGCUUGAUGCAAGUAAAAAGGAUGCUGCUAUCAAUCUGAUAACAAGUUUCGAUUUAAGUAAGCUGCGACUUGAGGAGGCUAUCAAAAUCUAUAUGGCGUUGCGGGACGGCGAUGUGUUUGGAGAGUGUGAGGCAAAAGCUGCUGCCUAUAAGCAGGCAUGCCAUAACCGCUUCCAAUAUGCGCGUAUCUUCCGCAAUGUUGAAGAGCUUGAGGCGCAGUUGCAAGAAAAGGUGGCAGCUAAGUUGCGUGCGGAGCAAGAGCAGCAACUUAAUCAUUUGGAUGUGAGCGAAUCGGCGGGGAUGGCAGACGCAGCUUUUUAGAACCAGGCAAUAUGGAUAAAUGAAGACUGCUAGAACAACAGCACCAAUUAGAACCACAUUUACAAUAGCAAUCACAGCCAGAGCGCUAGCAGCAAUAAGUCUAUAAGCAACAACAAUAAUAAUAAAUGAAACCUAUAAUAACAGAAAUAAGUUAAUGGGGUAAAUGGCAAACAAAAAUAGCAGCACACAUGAAACAUAAAUACAUACAUACAUACAUAUAUGAACGUUAAAAUGUGAUACGGUGUGCAUCUAGAUAGACGGUUCAUUGUUUGCUGCGCUAAUUGAUCGGUACUUGUUUUAAUUAAAAUACCCUAAUAACAUCCA